AAAAAAACCUUCCGGUGAAACAAGGGACAUCCACGUGAUGUAUUAAAGAUGGCGUUUAUUAAGGAGGAGAGUGAAGAAAUUAAAAUUGAAGAGGCUGUCAGAGUGAAACAAGAAGAUACUGGGGAACAAGCAGGUCUGAUUUCACCAAAAGAGGAGGCUCCAGAACUGAAUGGAAUAGAAGAGAAAGAUGAGAAACAUCAUGAUGUCAUAACUGAAGAAAAGUAUUUUAGUCGCUCACAGACUGAAAAGACUUCCUCACAAAAAAGUGGUCAAAUUACAGAAACUAGAAGUCAUUUCAGCUGCCAACAGUGUGGAAAGAGUUUCAGUCAACAUAGAAACCUUGAAGUCCACAUGAGACUUCACACUGGAGAGAAACCUUUCAGCUGCCAACAGUGUGGGAAAAAAUUUACUCAGAAAGGAAGCCUUAAAGUCCACAUGAGAAUUCACACUGGAGAGAGGCCUUAUAUGUGCCAGCAGUGUGGAAAGAGUUUUACACAUAGAGGAACCCGUAAUGCCCACAUGAGAACUCACCCUGGAAAAAACCCUUUCAAUUGCACAGUCUGUGGAAAGAGCUUUUCGCGAAAAGAAAGUCUUAAGACUCACAUGAGAAUUCACACUGGAGAGAGACCGUUCGUAUGUGGUCAGUGUGGAAAGAAUUUCAGAUGUAAAAUAAGCCUUAAUUACCACAUGAGGAUUCACACAAGAGGGAACUCUUUUAAAUGUCAUCAGUGUGGAAUGAAUUUCACGGAUCAGAAUCAACUUAAGAAUCACGUAAUAACUCAUGCCGGAGAGAAGCCUUUCAUGUGCCAUCACUGUGGAAAGACUUGCUCGAACAAAACAAGCCUUGAGGUUCACAUUAGAGUUCACACUGGAGAGAAACCUUUCACCUGCCCUCAGUGUGGGAAGAGUUUCACAGUUAAAGGAAACCUUCAGACUCACAUAAGGGUUCACACUGGAGAAAAGCCUUUCUCGUGUCAUCAUUGUAAAAAGUGUUUCACAUAUAAAAAGGACCUGAAACGACAUAUGCAGACUCAUUCUGGAAAGAAAUUGCAGAGUUCUGAGAGUGACAAGAAGUUAGAAAAACUGAGCAGUUUUAAAAUUCACCUGCACAUUGGCUCUGGAGGAAGGCAAUUUAGUUGCCAUCUGUGUAAUAAGAACUUUCUUUUGCCAUCACACUUAAAGAUACACAUGAAAAGUCAUGUAUAUGCGAGACCCUAUUUUUGUUCUUUGUGUGGGAAGGGUUUUAAAUGGCUCGGCAGUUUGAAAUGGCACCAGAAAAUAUGCAUCUGUGCAAAAUUAAUCUCGAUUGUAUAGAGGCAUUGUUUACACAUUGUUCCACUUAAAUACCUCAGAAUCAGUAUAUUAGAUAAACUUGCAUUUUCCUGUGAAAUGCCACAAUGUGAAAUUAAAAUUGUAAAUAAAAGGACAGACACUUGAAAAUUUGUUGUCCAUUAGAAUUACUCCCUUAGUAGUAGGGGAAUAGAUUAUUAGACUGAAAAGUGACUGCUUUUUUAUAUUAUAAAACACUUUCAGAAUAAUGACAAUGUCCAUAUUUAAGAUAUCUACCUUAUUUUACAAUGCGGAAGUAAGCUACUUUUCUUUGAAUGUGCGAGACUUCCGAUUAAUUGGCCACUAUAGGUAAAUAACUAGAAGAACAAAAAAGUGCUGUAAACAGUAAAACAAUUUGUGCCACAAAUCAGUGUGUCAGUGUGCUUACAUUAUGAUAAUAAUGUAAGAUAAUAAGAAAUACCAUAUAACAAAUACCAAAUACCAGUUUGCAUUAUCAAGAAGCAGAACUGACUGGUUCUGUACAGCUAAAGUAAUUAAGCGAAUGACACAGGAAGCCUUGCACGUUCAAUUUACAAAUGCCUGUGCCCGCUCUUAUAGCCCACUCAUUUUUCUGCAGGCUUUUUACUGCACAAAGUAGACAAAAAUAAUGACUAUUCAGCCUUUUCUUCUCUCCCGGGACAGUCCUCUGCCAUUAUUGAGAGUACCAUGAUGCAUGAUUUGUAUGCCAAAGAUGAACGAAGGUUUGAAACGGCAUGAGGGUGCAGACUGCAUCUUCUACUGGUAGCAUUAUCCUACAUUUGGUUCUCCGAUCUCAAGUCACUCUAGAGGAGCUUCCUUGGGAGAUCCUGAUCAGAGAAUGUCGGCUUUCCCAGGCUGAAAGCAGUGUAUGACAUCCCUGGAAUGCCUCAGAGAUAUGGAAAGCUGGGACUGGUUAUAUGCCAGUGCUGCUGUAAAGACUAAAGAGAAGUCAACUUCGUUUUUAUAUACAGACUCGUCAUCAGCCUGGAUGAGGCCGAUGACUGUAGUGUCAUGACAGAGGGGUCUUUUGCUAUAGGAAGAUGAGAGGGUCAGUAUCACUUACUACUGGAGAAAGCAUAACGGCUAACUUGGAUCACGUGUCUCUUAAUAACCAGUUGCAUUACAGCCUUGAUGUCAUAGAAUAUUAGAGAUGUGCGACACUCAAUCGCCAUUUAUGGAUUCCAUAAGAAUGAAUGGAUAAUGCCGUAAGCUGAAUGCCACCUGUUGCAAAAAGUCAGUGACUUCUCGUAAAAAAGAGCAUUUUUUUUCGUGGUCAACUCAAAAAAUAGUUCAAUCCAACAUGUAAAACAUGUUGAAGAUUAGCAGAUUGAUUGCUGAUUCAUUAAAUGAUGAGCCGUUUUCUCUAAAAAGCUGUUUAUUCAGUGUAGUAAAGCUUCUCCAUUGACAUCCAUAAAAAAAACAGCCUCUGGUCUCCUUUCCCAUGUACUGCCAGACCGAAAGUGUUAGCUUUAGCUGUUACGCUUUUUUGGAUAAUGGAUGCAGGCUUGCCUUCUGGGGCUUUGGUGCAGUCACUCGUGUAGAGCAGGGGUGUAAAAACUCAAUUCCUAAAGGGCUGCAGCCCUUCAGAGUUUAAUUUCAACCCUGCUCCAACACACAAACCAUGUCAUUUUCAAAUAAGCAUGAAAGACUUGAUUAGCUGGAUCAGGUGUGUUUAAUUAGGGUUGGAGCUAAACUGCAGGGCAGUGGCCCACCAGGAAGUGAGUUUGACUCCCCUGGUGUAGAGGGAGAAGAGUAGUGGGGAGAGAACACAACCCAGGGUGGCACCAGUGCUGGCAAUUAAUUUUGCAGAUAAUGCAGCCUGGCAUAUUGUUACUACUCUCAAAACUGUGGCUCCCUCCAUGGACCUUGGAACAUCUUUUCUGAUCAGCAGGUUCAGUGGUGGGCUUUUUUUUUUUGUUUUGUUUUUUUAAACUUAAUGGAAAUAAUCACUAUUUUCAGUUGGUGUGAAUGGCAUCUAAUAAUAUUAGUAGAGGUAGCAGUAUUGUAAAGUUGCUUUAACACAGGGGUGUCAAACUCUGCGGCCCUGCAGAGUUUUGUUCCAACCUUGAUCCAACAAUUAAGCCUGAAGGACUUGAUUAGUUGGAUCAGGUGUGUUUAAUUAGGGUUGCAUCUAAACUCUGCAGGGCUGCGGCCUUCCAGGACCAGAGUUUGACACCCCUGCUUUAACACUUUGCAUUGCAUAAAUGAAAUGGCCAUGAGUAAUUAUUAGCCAUUCAACUUUUGUUUUAAACUGCUGGAAACACUGGUUACAUUUCUUUUAACCAAUUUUGUGAAUAUUUCUCAUUUAGCGUCAUGAAUAUGCAUGCAAAAUUUCAGCACACAGAUGUAUUUUGGAAAGGCUUUGAAAUUAUUUAAAAAUCAAAUAAUAAAAAAACUAUAUUAAAUACAUGAGAAAUUAUGAAAUUUAAGAAUCAAUGUUCACCUGAAAUUGAAAACAUACCUUAUGAAUCAUCCAAGGCAAUAAGUGAAAGAGAUAAUCAGUUAUGGCCACAGGAGUUCAUGUGUAAAUGACAAAAGUAAAUAAAAAGACUUCAGGCAAAUUAAUAAAUUAGAUUAAAUUAUUAAGUGAUAAAGGAUCCAAGUGAAAGUGAACAAUCAGAUUUGGCCCAUAUUAAGCUACACUAUAAACAUACCCCUAUUUUUUUUUUUUUCUUUAGAUCCAAACACAGGCAAAACAGCAGAAACAAGCAAUAGCUUAUGUAAGCAGUGCAUAUGUAAAAUAGCACAAUCAUCAAACAUUAAACAGCGUAUAAAUCAAAACUGCCUCAUGUUACCAAAUAAAUUAUCAACACAGAAAGUAGUAGCUUUAGGAGUAUUGAUGAAAGCAAUUUACUCCAAUAUCAAAUUCGAUCCAGACUUACUCUUUGACAAAAAUGUGAUUAUCUCAGCUUUUUGUUAAAUUAAACUUAUCCACGUUCAAGUGUUGAUUUAUAAAAUGCAUGAAGAUAAAAAUGUUUAUUUGUUCUUUUGAUAUGCUGCAUGUUCAUAUUUUGGGGGCCAUGAAAAUUUUUUGAAAAUUAUCAAAAAUGCCAGCAGUGACUGGUGACUUUUUUUUAAAAAAACAUUGGUGGGGAAAAGGUUAAUUUAACACAGAUAUGUAUUUUCUGGUGCAAUUUUAAACUGCAGAGCCAGUUUAAAUCUCUUUCCACACACAAACACAAAAUAGGGUUUUACAUUUGCAUGACUUUUUCAUUUUAUUAGUGUGACGGCAAAUAAAUCUACUUCUUCCAGAUUAAACGCACAAGUGAUUUUUGAAAUGAUUCCUUUUUUUCUUAUGACACUGAGGAACACUGCAAUUUCUUGCCACAAU